AUGGAAAUGGAAGAGGAAAUCACGGAUGAGAAAAAGAGUGACAGGCUAGUGAAUGUUGUGGAAAAAAAGUUGGAAAUCGUAAGCAAUAGAAGAGAGAAAGAUUACGACAUCAAUUCAACAUCUGAUUCAAUCAGUUGCAAACAGUAUGGUACAGCUGACUGCAACAUUUCAACCAUUUUAUAUCCACCACGAAAGCCAAAUGCUUUUGAACAAUUGGAGAAAUGCCUGAGAAGUGCAUGUUGCUGGAAGAAACGGAUAGUCGGACCGAUGAAAUUCUGUAGGCUUGCUAGUGAAGGUGAUAUUGCACUUUCUUUUAGUGGCUGUGGAUUUCUCGGUGUUUAUCAUUUUGGAGUUCUUCAAGGACUUAAUCGGGAUGGAAAGUCUCUGAUGAAACGAGUAAAACGUUGUGCGGGUGCAUCAGCAGGUUCUUUAGCAGCUGCUUUAUGGACAUUUCAACCUAACGAUACUGAGAAAGGUUUCAACGAUGUGAUCAAAAUGGCUACCGAAAUCCAUUCGUUGCGAUUUGGCGCACUAUCGCCAAAUUUUGCACUCCACAAAAGUUUGCAAAAAAUUAUAGAUCUAUAUAUUCCGGAGGAUAUUUCUAAUGCACAAGACAGACUUUACAUAUCUCUUACUGAUCAGAAGAGGAAUAUUAACAGACUGAUUUCACGGUUUACGUCAAGGAAUUAUUUAAUAGACUCUUUGCUAGCCAGCUGUUAUAUACCUCUUUAUUCCGGUUCUUCUCCUCCUGUGAUUGAUGGUGACCAAUACAUCGAUGGUGGAUUUACGAAUAAUUUGCCGAUAUUUGAAGAAUUACCAACAAUUACCAUUUCGCCAUUCAGUGGAAGUGCUAUUAUUGCUCCAAAUGAUUACGAUUCGAUGGGACCAUUUCGUGAAUGGCGCUUGAGGGUUGGUACACAAGAACUAAAGGUAAAUGUACAAAACAUGAUUCGAGGAGCGCAAGCUUUAUUUCCACCAAAUCUUGAGAUCCUGAAAAAUUAUUAUGAAAUGGGUCAACGUGAUGCGAUGAAGUUUUUGCUCGAUGCUGGUUUUUUGGAACGACAGAUGGGUGAUGCCGUUUAA